AUGAAGCUGUGGUUUGUUGCUGCCGUCAUUAUCUCCGUUGCGUUUCCACCCGGUAAGUGAUUUCAUCGCAAAAUGCUUUUUUUUAAUCCACAUCCUUUCGAUUGCAGCACCUGUUUCUAAAAAGAUGUCGAUUCUUAAUAUUUUUCGGAUUUGCAAAAUAUUUUUGGAUUGUCCCUUUUCGGCUUCCGUAGAACCCUGCUCCUGGUAAUAAUACCGAUUCUUAAUAUAUGCAUGGGCAGAAAAAUAUCAGGAAUGUUCAGUGAGUAAACAAGGGUCCAGGUUAUCGAAAUGUUAAUUAAGGAUCAAAGCAAAUUGAAGUUGUUCCUUUACAUAAAUGAAAUAAUUAUGCAUAAAUUUUCAAAUUUUGAAGCUAAUUUCUCAUUUGGGAAAAACUAGGCCAGUUAAUAACGGUAAAAAUUGUUAUCUCACUCAUUUUCAUCUGUGCAUUCCUUGUCGUGUGUGUUUUCAGUUUUGAGUUUGAAAUGCAUGGCCUGCAGCAGUAUCGAGUCCUGGGAUAAAUGCAAAGAUUUGGAAGUAAGUAUGACCUGCUCAGCUUAUGCGUCCGAACGAUGUGUGAAACUCUACUCUAAAACUCCAUCAGUCGAAUCGUUCAUUCAAAUGUGCGGAACCGAUGCUUACUGUGAUGAAAAAACCAACCCUUCUUGUAAAGAAGCCAUUGGAUCCUAUGAGUGUGACGUCUACUGCUGCAAAGGCGACGACUGCAAUGGUGGCACAGGAACUCGCAUCAGCGGUAUUCUCUUGGUAUCAUGCGCUCUGGCCUCUCUGAUGAUCUUUUACAAAGCCUGA